CAAGGAGUGCUUCUCUUCUUCUUGCAGGCCAGCCCGAUAUAGCCUCCUUUUACUUUCCAUUGUAUCUUUUUGUCCGGUUGUCACGUCACUAGCAGUCCAUCAUGUCGUUCUUCCCGACCCAAAUUUUCGAGGAGGGCACCACCGAGGAGAAGGGUGAGAAUGCGCGUCUGGCUGCCUUUGUCGGCGCCAUCGCCGUUGGUGACUUGGUGAAGAGCACUCUUGGUCCCAAAGGCAUGGACAAGAUCCUUCAAUCUGCUUCCACCGGCGAUAUCAUGGUGACGAACGACGGUGCCACGAUCCUCAAGUCAAUAGCCCUCGAUAACGCCGCCGCCAAGGUGUUGGUCAACAUCUCAAAGGUUCAGGAUGACGAAGUCGGUGACGGCACGACGUCGGUCGCUGUGUUGGCUGCUGAGCUUCUGAGAGAGGCUGAGAAGCUGAUCGACAAGAAGAUUCACCCUCAGACAAUCAUUGAGGGUUAUCGGAUAGCCAGCCAGGCUGCUCUCAAAGCCCUUGAGGAAUCCGCCGUUGACCACAGCAAGAGCCCUGAGGCCUUCCGCAAGGAUCUCGUUGCCAUUGCACGAACCACCCUGAGCUCCAAGGUUCUGUCACAGGACCGAGACCACUUCUCCCAGCUUGCCGUCGACGCAAUCCUCCGUCUAAAGAAAUCAUCCGACCUUAGCCACAUCCAGAUCAUCAAGAAGGCCGGAGGAAAGCUCAGCGACUCUUACCUGGAUGAGGGUUUCAUCCUGGACAAGAAGAUUGGCGUUAACCAGCCCAAGAGGCUGGAGAAGGCAAAGAUCCUGGUCGCAAACACAUCGAUGGACACAGACAAGGUCAAGAUUUUCGGAGCACGAGUCAAGGUCGGCUCAACUGGAAAGCUGGCAGAGCUGGAGAAGGCCGAAAAGGACAAGAUGAAGGCCAAGGUGGAGAAGAUCAAGGCCCACGGCAUCAACUGCUUCAUCAACCGCCAGCUCAUCUACAACUGGCCAGAACAGCUCUUCACCGAUGCUGGAAUCAUGUCUAUCGAGCACGCCGACUUCGAUGGCAUUGAACGACUGGCGUUGGUGACGGGAGGCGAGAUUGCCUCCACCUUUGACCACCCCGACCAGAUCAAGCUUGGCCACUGCGAUUUGAUCGAAGAGGUCAUCAUUGGCGAGGAUACGUUGAUCAAGUUCUCUGGUGUGGCGGCUGGCGAGGCAUGCACCAUUGUGCUGCGUGGCGCGACAGAACAGUUGCUCGACGAGGCCGAGCGAAGUCUACACGACGCAUUGGCCGUGCUGUCCCAAACCGUCAUCGAGCCCAGGACAACCCUGGGAGGUGGAUGUGCGGAGAUGGUCAUGGCCAAGGCUGUUGAGGGUGCGGCCACACGCAUCGAGGGCAAGAAGCAGGUGGCCGUCUCCAGCUUCGCAAUCGCCCUCCGACAGCUGCCCACCAUUCUGGCUGACAAUGCUGGAUUGGAUUCUGGCGAGCUGGUUGCACGCCUGCGAAAGGCCAUUUAUGACGGUCUGACCACGUAUGGUCUUGACCUGAUGACUCCCGGUGGUGGCAUUGCUGAUAUGCGCGAGGUUGGUGUGGUUGAAAGCUACAAGCUGAAGAAGGCGGUUGUGUCAUCUGCCAGUGAGGCAGCAGAGCUUCUCCUGAGAGUCGACGACAUUAUACGGGCGGCCCCACGGAGACGAGAGCGCAUGUAAGAUGUUGGAAAGGUUGGAAAAAUAAAGCAAAAAAGUUCAGGCGCCACGGAUCUCGACGAGAUAGAAGCUUAAUAUGGAUUGUAGCGAUACCAUAGACGCAUGAACAUGGACAGACCAAAUACAAUGCCAUGAACAAUAGCCUUUUGUGCUGCAUUUGGAGUAUAGUUAAUAGAGGGCUUGUAGUGCUG